AUGACCCAGAGCCGGGAGGAAAUCACGUUUUCAUUUUGUGAUUUAGAUUUGGUUUUGCAGCAAAUACGAAAUAAUCACAUCCCAGCUUUCCAUUAUGAUAACGAUGUUGCGGGCUCACGAGAGGUUACUCUACUAUUGAUUUCGCGAAUGCAACCCUUCUGGUUCCAACAACACAACAACUACCGCGUCAGCAUUUUGGAAAUGUAG